AUCUUUAUCUCAUUAAUAUAAUCUUGUAAUAAAAUAGAGAGAAAAUUUUUAGUCAGUGUUCGGAAUUCUGCUAAAGUAGAUCAAUCAACGUUCUAUGUUAUAUUUUGUUUCACAUUCGCUUGAUUAUCGAUCGUGGCAUUUGUAUAAUUUACUCGUACGAAGAACAUUAAUUUCGACUCGAAGUAACGGAAAAUUUUCAAGUGUGAAUCGAAUCAAUCAUUCUUUCCUAUAAAAAUAUAUUUAAACAAAGUGUAUAUUUAAUCAAUGUUUAUAUAAUUUAAUCAUGCCUGUAAGAAAUUGUAACAGAAACUUUGCUAAAACUAUACGGAAAUUGAACGUUGGAAUUAUCACAACAUGUAUCGUAGGUUUUGCUGUUUCUUAUUAUGCAUAUUAUAUAGAAGUUGCAAAGGAAAGUGAUAAUUUAUAUGUAGCAAUGUGCGAUAUUAGCGAACACAUCAGUUGCACAAAAGCAUUUUUCUCCGAAUAUGGAAAAGGUUUUGGAAUAAUUCCAAAAACAUCUUUUUUAUAUAUACCAAAUCCUAUAUAUGGAUUAAUAUUUUAUGCUUUGGUCGCAAUAUCGAGUGUGUCAAAUCAAUAUGUUACAUCAAUUUUGGUUGUAACAUUAGGAAUUUUUGCAAACAUUGGUACAAUUUUUCUGGCUUUAAUUUUAUACAAAUUAAGUAAUAUUUGUGUGAUCUGUGUUAGUAUCUAUAUCUUAAAUGUCAUUCUCUUAAUAUUUGCGAUUAAGAAACAUCGAAGAUUAUUUCGAAAUGGUAGAAAUCAACGAAUAAAAUCGAACUAAAUAUUGAUUUUUUAAAAUCUACAUUUUCUGAAUAUCAUUUUUUUUUAAAAAAAAAGUCCCUAUGAAUAAACUAUAUAAUUAUGAUAUUAAUAUUAUUCAUUAAAUAUCAAUAUAGUCUGACUUAUUAAAAUUUUAUACAUUAUUUUAAUAAAGCAAUUUGUAUAUAUCUUUGUAUAUAUCAAAAUAAAUGUUAUAAAGGCAACUAUUUUGAAAGAAUUAUAAUUUCAUUUUAAUAUAGUACAGAAAUAAAAUAUUGCAAGAUUUAACAUUUAAUCACAUAUUUCUAAAAACAAAUUACUAUUGCUAUCUCGUUCCCAUCUACCAAUGAUAUGUAAUCUUGGAUUGGUAAUUGAAUACAUGAACUAAGAAAAAA